AUGACAGAAGCAACAGGUGCCCCCGACGAGUCGACGCCUCUGAUCCCUCAGCUCUCCCCUCGCCAGACGACCGGUCGAGCCGAGUACACAAAAUGGCUAUACGAGAUAUGGUUCCUCGUCAAGGCCUCGGUGCCCGUCAUCCUGGCGUACAUGCUCCAGAACAGCCUGCAGACCGUCUCCGUGCUGAUCGUCGGGCGUCUGUCCUCGGAAGCCCUGGCCGUGGCGGCCUUCUCGUACAUGUUCGCCAUGGCCACGGCGUGGCUGAUCGCCCUGGGCGGGACCAGCGCCCUCGACACGCUGGCGUCCAGCAGCUUCACAAGCUCACAGGACAAGAAGAACCUGGGCGUCCUGCUCCAGCGAGGCAUGCUGGUCCUCACGGGCUUCUACGCCGUCGUGGCCGUCAUCUGGGCCGCCUCUGAGCACAUCUUCCGCGCCCUCGGCCAGCCCGAGUCCAUCUGCCACCACAGCGCGCGCUUCCUCUGGCUGCUGGCGCCCGGUGGCCUCGGCUACGUCUGGUUCGAGUGCAUGAAGAAGUUCCUGCAGGCACAGGGCAUCUACCGACCGGGCACCUACGCCCUGCUCAUCACCUCGCCCCUGAACGGCGCCCUCAACUACCUCUUCAUCUACAAGCUGGGCUUUGGCCUGUACGGCGCGCCCAUUGCCACGGGGCUAUCGUACUGGCUAUCGUUUCUGCUCCUGGUGGCCUAUGCGGUCUUUGUGGAGGGCAAGGAAUGCUGGGGCGGCUUGCAGCUACGCCGCGCGUGCAAGAACUCGAUCCCGUUCGCCAAGCUCGCCUUUAUGGGCGUCAUCCACGUCGGCACCGAGUGGUGGGCCUUUGAGAUUGUGGCCCUCGCGGCCGGACGGCUGGGCACGCUGCCCCUGGCCGCCCAGUCGGUCGUCAUGACGGCCGAUCAGAUCAUCAACACGAUCCCCUUUGGCCUGGGCGUCGCCGAGUCCGCGCGGCUGGGCAAUCUCCUGGGUGCGGGCGACGCCCGUGCGGCGCGACGCUCGGCGCAUUGUGCUGCCAUCCUCUCCGUCGUCUUUGGGACCAUCAUCUUGAGCGUCCUCAUGGCCACGCGCCACAACAUUGGCAGUUUGUUCAACGACGACAAGGACGUUAUCGCCCUCGUGUCCGAGAUCAUGCCCUACGUGGCCCUCUUCCAGAUCGCGGACGGUCUGAAUGGGAGCUGUGGUGGUGCGUUGCGCGGUAUGGGACGCCAGUGGGUGGGCGCGCUGGUCAACUGCGUCAGCUACUACGGUGGUGCCCUGCCGGGGGGGAUCUACCUGGCGUUCCACGGCUGGGGGCUGUCUGGGCUGUGGAUGGGCCAGCUGGUGGCUCUGUCGAUUGUGGGCGUGCUGGAAUGGAUCAUCGUGGGGAUGAGUAACUGGGACAAGCAGGUGUACAAGGCGGCGGAGAGGCUGAAGGAGGAGGACGAGGAGGACGAGGAGGUUCCACCGGUUGGCUACAACACUAUUUAG